AAAAAAAGACCCCGCUCCAUUCCGCUACUGGCCUACUGCCGUGUUUGGAAAUGAAGCCCCUACCCGUACCCGAGGCGGGGAGCCCUCACCGCCGCGGCAUGCCACCGUCGCUGCUCAGCCCUUCCUCCCGCAGCGCGGUUCCCGCCGCCGCCGACGGCGACCAUGACGCCGCCGUCUCCGAGCACGCCUGCGUCACGCUGUCCGAGUGGUGGCUGGCAACCGCGGAAGGGGACGACCAGAAGAUCGCUGUCGCCGGCACAUUCGAACGCAAUCAAACAGUUCAGGAAUACUCUCCUGCACCUAUUGCCAAGCGUCAUACGUCUUCUGUUCUUGAGACUGAGGAAGGAACUGUACUUCGCCUCCAUGGUUUACACAAUGUUUUGCGAACCUAUCACAAUGGAUAUUCAGCUAAGGUCUACAGUGAGUUCCUGAAUGGGUUUCCCGACUGGUGGCAAAGUUGCAAGCCGUGUAAUCCCAAGCUGAUGAACUCGCACACAGAAUGUUGUUCUUCUAAUGCCAGCAAUUCUGGAGUGGACUCCACUCAAUUUUACCUGGAGAGAUAUAUGCAGGGGAGACGUUUGGAUUCAUAUGGAACAUAUUUGAUUAGCAAAUUUCCUGACAUUUUGGCAAGUUUCUUACACAAUGAUGCUGUGUUCCAAAAAUCAUCACAUUUAUUAAAUGGAAAGCCCAGAUUUGAAGAAUAUACUUGUGAUGGUGAUAUCACGACAAAUGAAAAUGCUGCUGCCUCAAGUGAAGCUGCCACAGGCGAUCAGAGAAUUCCAGAAGUUUCAUUGGAGGUUCGUGGGUGCCGUAAAGAGACUCAGCACAUGUCAUUGACUGAUAAGGCAGCAGUAGAUGAAGAAAUGCCAGCUUCAGUUUAUUUGGAUAUGCAAAACUCUUUGUGUCUGUCAAAUGGAACACCAAUAUUGGAGGAAUACACCUGUGAUGGUUAUAUUCCACCAAAUGAAGAUGCUGCUGCUUCAAAUGAUGACAAUGAAAGAUACAUAGCUACAUCAAAAGAGGUGAAUAACAUGGAAAAAAUAGUCUUGGUUACGGGCAGCCCUUCAAGAGAAAGAGGCCAUGAUGACAUUGCUACUGAUGUUGCAGUCAGUGAAUUGGUACACAGUACUCCAGCAACAGGCACAUAUCGUAAAAAGACUCCUGUGGCUUCUUUGAAGAGUCAAGGUUCCUGGAAGGAAAAUCAGCCCGUAGCUUCAAAUAAGAAGAUGAAGUUGAUUGAUCCGUGUCUUGGAAAGCAGCAUGUAGGCCGGCCAAAGAAGCGAAUAUCUCCACAUGCAAAGUGUCAAAGUGCUACAAGAUCUCCAGGGACCAGGAACCCAGCGUCAUAUGUCCUUUGGUCUCCGCUUACUCGUGAUAAGGCCACAUCGUUGUCUAUGUCCACACCUGAAGAUCUCGAACUUAAAAGAUCCAGAUCAGGUCGCGUGAUUGUGCCCAAAUUGGAUAAUUGGUGCCAAACCAUUGUCUAUGGAAGGGAUGGUUUGAUCGCAGCUGUCAUUGGUCUAGAUUCGCCAGCACUGCCCAAAUGGAGUGAAUCAAAAACUGAUCGAAGGAAGAAACGAAAGACUAAAUGAGCAUCUUCCAGGCGUAAUUGCUACUUGGCUACUCCAGGCGAAGAAAAUUGGAACUAACUUAAUGUGAUUACUCCAGGCCAAGAAAACCAGAACUAACUUAAUGUGGCGGGUUGGUCGCUUUUAAUAGAUUUUCAGUAGAGGAGCCUCUCCUGUUCUCUCUAAAAAUAUGUGUGUGUGUGUGUGUGGGGGGGGGGGGGGGGGGGGGGGUUCUGGAGUUCGAAUGAAAUUUUUUUGGGGGUAUGGUACCCUUGAUGCACAAAUGUACCUGCAGAGGUGUUUUGUUCUCUGCACGUUGUCCUGUUCUCACGCUAGAUCAUCAUGCUGCCUCUCUGCUGACCUCUAGGCGUUGGAGAUAUAUAGAUCUAUAUGCAAGACUGCAAUUGGAACAGCCAGCAUUGCAAUAAUGGGAACACCUUGCUUUUACUUGUGCGAGGGAAUAUUGCCUUAGUUGCAUAGGCUCAGAAUGUGUUGCAAGACUUGCAAUUGGAGCAGUUAGCAUUGCAGUAAUGGGAAUUCCUUGCUUUUACUUGUGCGAGGGAAUAUUGCCUUAGUUGCAUAGGCUCAGAUUGUGUUGCAAGACUUGCAAUCGCAGCAGUUAGCAUUGCAGUAAUGGGAA